AUGUAUCCAACCAUCCCAGCCUGGGGCACUGAAAUCACAACACUGAAUGGAAGUGACCGCAGUCUAACUCCACGUUGUGAAACUGUGAGCCCUACUCUGAGUUUUCUUACCUUCAUCAUUGCCCUGCAUGGGCUGGCCGGAAAUACCACAGUGCUGUGGUUUUGGGGCUUCCAGAUGUGCAGGAAUGCCUUCACUGUCUACGUCCUCAACUUGGCAAUGGCUGACUUCCUCUUACUCCGUCUUCAUAUUGUAUUCUCCAUAGAGGGCAUCAUUGACCUCAUCCUCUUGACCUCCAUCCACAUCCCUAGUGUUUUAACUGUUAUUUUCAGCUUUGCUUACCUUGUAGGCCUGAGCAUGCUCAGUGCCAUUAGUGCUGAGCACUGCCUGUCUGCCCUGUGGCCCAUCUGGUACCUCUGCAGGCAUCCAAGACACACAUCAGCUGUCAUGUGUGUCCUGCUCUGGAUCUUGUCCUUGUUCUUGAGCCUCCUGGAAGGGAAAGGAUGUGGCUUUCUAUUUAAGGGUUUUGGAUCUGGGUGGUGUCAGACAUUUGAUGUCUUCAAUGCCUCAUGGGUGAUUGCUUUGUUUGUGGUUCUCUUUGGGUCCAGCCUAGCUCUGAUGGUCAAGAUCUUCUGUGGCUCAAGGCAGAUUCCUGUGACCAGGCUGUAUGUGACCAUUGCACUUAUGGUUCUGGUCUUCUUUCUUUAUGGAUUGCCCUUUGGGAUCAAGUGGUUCAUCUUAACGUGGGUUGAUAGUCUGUAUUAUAAUGUCCCUUGUAUUAUUCAUCAUGUAAUUAUCUUCCUGUCCUGUGUUAAUAGCUAUGUCAAUCCCAUCAUUUACUUCUUUGUUGGCUCCAUUAGGCAUCGCAGGUUCCAGCGAGGGACUCUUAAGCUGCUUAUUCAGAGAGCCCUGCAGGAGACUCCUGAAGAGGAAGACUGCAGUGGUCAGGUCUCUUUGGGAAAGCCUAGAGAACUGGAAACAGUCUUGUGCAGCAGCUGA